CAACAGCAGCAACAACAGCCUCAGCUAAUGCCAUGAUAUGCAGCGUCAACCAGCAGAAAAUGUAAUGCCAGAUGUUAGAGAAAUGUGGCAAGAAUUACAAAUGCUGCGACAAUUAUAUUAUCAAGAUCACGAAGGUAUGAGGCUAAUAAGAGAUGGUAUACAACAAAUUAAUAUAAAUGAACCGGAACGAGGACGAAGACGAGGUCGAGGACGAGGUCGAGGACGAGGACGAGGACGAGGACGAGGACAAAGACAUAUAACACAUCAUUGA